ACCCGACACCGCAUCACGCGCUCGGGUGCUCAAGCCAUUCAUGUAGUACCGAUGGGCCGCACGCUGGGUGUCGAGAUGAAAGAGUCUGUACGAGAUGGAGGUGGGAUUCUGGUUGUCAAAAGAGCUUCGAUACAAUGCGCACAUGGGCACAAUUGGUAAGGACACAUCCUUCGACACACAUCACCCACCUCUACAAUGAUGACCAAAACAUGUACUAUCAAAUACCGAUCUUUCAUGACGGAACAAACUGGUUCGAUUACCUGAAAUCGCUCAAACAUCACAUUUGCACAACACAUCAGCAGCUUUCAGUUCCUUCGCUGACAUUGCUAGACAGGUAAGUUUCCCGUGAACUCGUAUCUAUCUCUCCACCGGAAAACCGCGCAGGCCUUUCCAUUGAUACCUCAAGAUUCUCAUUUGCACCACAUCCAUACACUCGAUAGCCUCUCGAAUGCCAUUCACUCUUGAAACGU